AUGCUAUCCAAAGAAGAGUGCGCUCAACCGCAUUCAAGAAGAAAAUUUGGACUUCUUGAAAAGCAAAAGGAUUAUAUUAAACGCGCAAAAAGCUCUCAUAAAAAGGAGGAGACUAUACUGGUCGUUGCAGAACUUGAGAUGAAGGUUUUUGGUGGUUCUAUCAUUUUAAGGGUGUCCCAUGUUACCUUUGGUGAUGGAGAAGAAAAUGAAGGAGUUGGUAUAUUUAUUGUGGUUGCCAUGGUGCAAUUGAAAAUUGAAAUGCUAACUGCAACGCUGAAUUCUCUUGGCUAUCAAUCAUCAAUCGUGCUGAAGACAGGUAGAGAAUCACCCCUUCCCUCUGAUUCUUGA